AUGUCGAAAAACGUAGUAAAGACCGCAGUGAACGCAAUUCAGAAGUUCUAUCCCAUAAAAUUGGCGGAUAAGACGUGGGACAACACUGGUCUUUUAGUCGAUGCCAGUCAUGACGAGCAGUCAUCUUCUGCAGCAGAUGAAAAGAUUCGUGUCUUGCUUACAAUUGACUUAACUCAAGAUGUUGCAAAUGAAGCAAUCCAGAAUAAAUCCAAUUUGAUUAUGGCUUACCACCCAUUCAUUUUCAAAGGGUUGAAAUCCAUUGGACAGUCAGAUCCACAACAAAAGUCAUUAGUUAAGUUAAUACGCAACGGAAUAAGUGUGUAUUGUCCCCAUACUGCUGUUGAUAGCGCCAAGGGAGGAGUCAAUGACUUCUUAGCAGAUGGAAUUUCCAAGGGAAUAAAGGAAGACUCGAGAGAAGUUGUUGAAAAGGAUAAAGAAGAAGAAGGUUGUGGAAUGGGCAGAAUUAUCCAAUUGUCCAAACCAACCCCUUUAAGUAAAUUAGUAGACAACGUAAAGGUAAGUUUGGGAUUAUCCCACCUUCAAGUAGCCUUGGCCCGUGGUGAAAACAAGGAACACUUAAUCAGCAGCAUUGCUAUCUGUGCAGGUUCGGGUGGUGGGGUUUUCCGUGGCCUUAAAGCUGAUUUGUUCUACACCGGAGAAUUAUCUCACCAUGAGGCAUUAUAUUUCAACGAAACAGGAUCUUCCAUUAUUGUAUGUAACCAUUCCAACACUGAAAGAGCAUUCUUAAACACCAUACAGGAACAGUUAAUUGAAGAAUUGCCUGAGGGUUCUGAAGUUAAGAUCAGUGAGAAGGACAAGGAUCCCUUCCAAACAUGGUGA